UGAUAAGCUUUUCGCAGAAUCUAGGGUUUCUCAUCUCUCCACGACCGAGCUUGCACAAAUUUUCUUUUUUCACCCGUUUCCGAAGAACAGAGAUCUAGGGUUUUGGAAAAAGGCACCAAAAACCUUUGAUUUUAGGGUUUCGUUUCUGAGAUUAGCUGAUUUUUCCCUAGAUUCCAUGGUUAUUUCGGUUCUCUUGAACUUCUGGGGGGUUUUGCGAUUUUUAUCCCUUGAUUCUAGGGUUUUGAUUUGAAAUGCAUGGAUUUCUGGGGUUCCUCCUUUAGAUGCAGUGAUUUGUAGGGUUUUUAGGGCUUUCGUCUCGUAAUGUUCGGAUUUUUAAGCUUUGAUUCCAUUUUUAAGGGUUUUGCAUCGAAAUAACAGGAUUUUGUUGGGCUUUUAGGGUUUUUAAGUGUGUUUUGGGGAUUUAGAGCUUCAAUGACCCCAGUUUUUGGUAAUUUGUUUUGAAAACUGCUCUUUGAUCCUCUUCGGCUACUGAUCUGUGAAUUUCUGUUCUGUAACCCCUGCUUUUUUUCUUUUGGAUUUUGCAACUUUGCUGGUAUUUAUGGUUUACAGCUACCAUUGUCUGUGAAUUACACCCCCUGGAGUUUCUCUAGAAAUUUCUGCUCGAAAAGCUGAGAUUUGUUAGAGUUUUUGCUUCUGUGUUGGGGGAUUUAGGGUUCACAGCCACCAUUCUAUGAGAUUUUCUGGUGAAAACAGAGCCUUGGGGUUUUGAGGAUAUUAUUCGGUGACAUUUGGCUCCAAAAACAGAGAUUUUUUUUGGGUAGAAUGCACUGAUUUGGGGUUGUUGCUAGCUAGUUAGGGUGUUCUGGAGGUGGGAAAAACUAGGAUUUUGAUGUUUCUCAGGCGCCACAUUCUUAUGUUAUUUUCAUUUUGAAAUGCUGAAACCUGGGGUUUUAUUGAUCGAAGAUGAAUCCUGAAAGCAGCAGUUUCACAAGGUGCGUGCGGCACCCAUCUCAGUUUUUCACUGGUUUCUGUUCGACGUGUUUGGUUGAGAGAUUGUCACGAGUGGAGUAUGCAGGAAGAAGCCCAAAGCCAUCCUUUGACACUGAGCAGAAACAGGUAGAGUGCUCUCUACCUGUCUCUGGAUCUGAAAAGAAAACUCAAGAUAUUCGGGUACGGAAAACCCUCUUGUCAUUGUUUCAUUUGGAUGAUAAUGUUAAUGAAGAAAAUGGUACAAAGCAUCAAGGUCAGAUCGAGAAUUCCACAAGCAGUGUUAGAUUUGCUGAAUGCAGAAAUGGGUCUGCAAAUAUUUCUGUUGGGGUAAAGUUCAAUCCUGUGACUGGGGUUUCACCAGACCCAAAUUUGUCGGAAAACAAUCAUAUCCUGGAAAAUUUUGAUUCAGAAACUAGGUUUCGUGAAAAUGGAAAUGGGUCAAAGAGUGAUGUCAUGGGAAAUUUCAAUUCAGAAACUCAGGCAUCCAGCUCUGUUGGUGUUGUAGAAGAUGUCAGUGUUGAUGAUGGUGUUCGGAAGAAACGCAGUUCUCUGGAGUAUGAGAAAUUGAAGGAGAAAAGUGUCUUAUUUUGUUGGAGCUCUGUGUUUUCAAGAAAAGUAUUGAAAUGGAGUAGAAGUGCUUGCAGGAGAACUCUAACUCAGGAGACUAACAACUGGAAUGUUGGAUUCAGGGAGAAACAGCUGGAGACCAAGGUUGAUUUCCGUAAUUCCUGUGAUCAAAAGGCAUCUUACAACUCUAAUAAUGCCUUUUGGGAGGAUCCGAGACAUUCAUGGGAUGGUGUCAUGAUGGGCAAGGCAUUUACUCCAUCUUUUACUGGCAUUGAAGCAGUAGAUGGGAAACUGAUGGGGACUUCGGGGAUUGAUUGGCGAAAUUCAUUAAUGUCUCACAGGAGGAGAAUGAGUCUGCCCGAGGAAGAUAUAUCAUCGUUGGAUCCUAGGCCAUCAACGGAUAGUAAAGAUAUGGGCAAGAUGAGUACUGUGAGUUUGGAUGAGGAGAAGUGCAUGUUGGCAGGCAGCAAUCUGGGUGAACCAAAUGGAGAUGUGAAAUAUGACGAACCUGGCCAAGACACCUCAGUUCUGAAUACCAGAAGGAAAUCUCAUGGGUGGAGUAAGGUGUGGAACAGGAGUCUAACCAGCCCUUUUAGGGACUUGAGUAAAAAACGUGAAAACGUUUUGGAGCGGUCUCUAUCAGAGUCAUGGUGUGGAAUUCAAAGAGAAAAUAACACAGAAACCAUCAAAGCAGACAGUAUAACGCAUUUGUGUGGUGGCAGCGCAAGUUCUGCUAAGAAACAACAGAUUCCAAGUGGGAACAGAAAUGUUGGGAAUGGUGAAUUCCAGAGGGUUAGACCUGAUUGCCAGAAGAAGAAGAAGGAAAUUAUGCUUGGUCGGAGCCGGAGUGUUCACUACUCCUCACCUGGAAACCUGGAUCAUGGACUUCUUCGCUUUUAUUUGACUCCUCUGAGGAGCAGCAGAAGAACUACAAGAAAGGGUCGGAUGAAGACAUCAAGGUCUUUUGCUAGAGGCAUCUUUGGUUUUUAGUGAUUAUGUACUUGUGGAAAGUAUUUUAGUUUGUGGUGGUGGAAUUUAAAUUUAUCAUGUGUUAUAAUGUAAAGAUAUGAUGUUGAUGAUAUGGUGAUUAUUCACGCCUGUGGAGCGGAGCUGUGCCAAUGCAUUCUGCUUAUCCCACAGUACUGCAGCAAGGCUCUUCACUGCAUUGUAUAAAGCCGGGUUUUUACUCACAACUGAAAAGCAUGGAAGAAGGUCUGAGUGCUGUCUACAACUCUGAAGAUAGAGAAAGACACAUUCAAGGUGUGCCUCUCAAUUUCAGCCUGAAUGCUCUUUUGUAAGCAUAGUUACAUAGUUUCCUUAUUCUCACAACCUUCUUUUAGUUAGGAGACAGACAACUUUGCCCUUUCCAAGUUCCUUGAAUGUUAUUGUUCUCUUAUGCCAAUUAAUAAUGGGAAUAUAUAUUUCAAAUUCGAUCA